GGACAUCGAAAUGGUCGGCGACCCACCGGAGAACUACCCCACACCAGCGGAGGCGGCAAAGGCGGCAGCGGCUCGCCAAAGACAGCUGGCAGAAGAAUUAGAAGAAGAAGAGUUUCAACAACGACAGGUCAAUAGAUACCAUCAGCUCAUGGGCCCAAAGAAUCUGGCGGCCGCAGGGUCCCUAAAAGACUCCAACCUAGCGCAAGUGCAGAAAAUCAUGCAUGACCGAAACACGCUGCAGGACCGAAACCCCGGAUUGUAGACGAUAUUUGCAAGAACUACAAAGAACAAGACUAUGUAUGAAUGAGUAUGCCGUCUUUUACCAGCAGACAACCAACAAACAUCAGGACCCCUCCUUUCACCGAACACUGACGACCACACCAAACUACAAAAGCAAGCCAGCCGCCCCCGGCCGCAAGCUUUGCGUGCAUGUUCAUGUCGGCAUCAACGAAAGGCGAAACUGUGGUGACAGUGUAAGACCCUGAUGUUCCUUCACAAUGACAACGACAAAGAGGAAGAUCUUCUUUUCUUUUGCUGUUUAACGACGAAUAUAUGAGUUUACUUGAGCUUGUGUUUGUCAUUGUCUGUCAGUUUCUGUUUCACUUUCAUCUGUUGAGUUCGAUGAGAGACAGAGAUUGGAGUUUGGUGCAACAAGCUGUGAGUAUACGUUCUCGUUGAAACCUAAACUGACCCUGAGGUUGAGGUUGAGAGCAGGUGGAUGAAAGAAUUGAUAUUCACUGCAACGCUAGUAAAGAUACGUACCCCUUUCAAGACGAGGAAGAAAUCAAAAUGGCUAUGACAUUGCCUGUCACGUCGCCUUCACCCUCUUCCAUGGCAAUUCCGGCUAUCCACGCCCGGACCGGGGCCCAGGGGUCUGUUGUCACCCCGCGGGACGACGCGCGGAUGUGGCGGGAUGUGAAGCUGAAUGCCAGCCGCAAUGGUGUCCACACGCACAGUCAGCAGCACGUGGACUGCACGUGCGUGGUGGAGCUCUACGAGCUGCUUUGGCGGUGGGGGAACCUCCUGAAGCACAACCAGCAGCAGUCCGUGUCCUUCUUCGCGCGGUUCGGGUUCCGUUUGCCAUAUCCUGAGUAAAACUGUCCCCACCCCAUAGACAUAGUCAAGAUGGGAAAUCUGCUAGACAAAUCAGCCAGCUUAGGUUGUUGCGCAUGACAAACUUGGCCGCGUAGUGUAUUCGUGUUCAGCUCGUUCCGCAGCAUCACAGACCUAGCUCAUUAUGCUGAUUGGCGCGUUACAAAUUCCAAAGCACGACUAGCGAAUGCUUGUCAUGGGGCUCCGCAUGAGAAACAUUUGAGCAUGCAGAAUUGCAUGACAUCAACUAUGGAGGGGAACGCUUUUACACAGGAUAUGCCAGAGUCCGUCGUCUUCGUGAACGGCAAGCCCUACGCCUGGUACUUCAUCAGCCGAAAGGACGGGGCGCUGCUCCGAAAGAAGCCGGAAAGCCUCACCCACGCUGCGGUGGAAAAGCGUAUACAUUACUUUUCAUGUAGUUAUGCAUGACAGGUGCUGUGCUUUGUUAAUACUUUGUUCCAGCACGACGGACAAAAAAUUCAUCCCUGCUCACAUUGAUGUCUAGGUUUCUGCGGCAAGCGCAAGCUGGAGAAACAGGGCGAGAUUUGCGCGACCUGGAUUCCCAUGCGUUCGGCGUUUGAGCUACACGGAGCAACAGCUUCCUCGGCAAAUAAAUUCGGAACCACGACUAGCUCUUCGCAUUUUCACCAGAGAACAAGUAGAGGCGCCAACGAGGCCAUUUUUUUCACGCCGGAACUGUGCAAGCGGUUUCUGAAGCACCUGGAGCGGCCGGAUCUCGCCGUUCCCGCGGAUUUUGGCCCGUACUUCAACCCCGGUCAGGCGUCCGGCGUGCUGCAGGAAUUUUGCGUGCCCCACGGAGUCAGCAACUUUUUGCUGCGCGCGGUGGAGUACCAAAACAAGAUCUCGAUUAGCGUACGCACAAACAGACACCGGUUCUUCGGAGGCGGUGGGAGUGAAAUAAACCACGAUGCAGAUGUUGACCACGCGGGUGGUCAGGUAUCGAAGAACCGGUCAAAAAAUACGAAUGCCAUUGGUGGUCAGCAGCAGGGCAAUGGCAAUUUCACAACCUCCACCCCCGAGCACGCUCCCGAAGACCAGACGACCGUGCUGACGCGGGAGCUGUGUCUCCGCGCAGGGAUCUACGUGCCGCCACUUCCGAAAUUGGACCUGUUGCGGAAAGGAAUUUUGUCAAACGGCGAUAGUGCAAAGGUGUUGACAACAAGUGGGACGACGGGCAAGAACGUAGAACAUCAACAUCAAAACGCGAUGAAUACCGGUAACCGUACCGUGCGCGAGUUGUUCACCAAAGCAGCGACGUUCGAGG